UGACAGCAGCCGCGAGUGGUUUCUGAUUGGUCAGGUCUGUCUUCUUGCCGAUUCAAAUCGAGUGGCGUCCACCGUCGCGUCGUUUUUUUGAUACUUGCGUCCGUCGGUCGUCGCGACAGCCCCACGUCAGACUCCACGAAGUGCAAAUAUUUCUUUUGAGUUGUUGCAUCGGAAACGCGUCGGUGUUAGGAGGAUAUUCUGCAGGCAGAAAAAGGAAUGCUGGAGGGUCCUGACAGGAGAAAGAUCGCCCGUCGACGAAAACAAAACGGUGACGGUUUCAGAAGCUGCUGGACAUCGGAAAGACAUGAGAUCCAAGUCCAUCGCCAGGAGAUUCACAACGCGCUCCGGCGAGGACAGUGAAGAUGAAUUAGAAAUCUCCGAUCAACCUCUUCAGUUGACGGACGAAGAUUGUUCAAUGGAACAGGCGAUGCUCCCUCAAAAUAACGAGUCAGAUACCGGCUACCCAUUAAGUUCCCCGCCUCACAGCCGCGGCAACGAAGAUUUAUCAUACACCAGCACCUCGGGGUUUAAACAAACCGACAACCAAAUAGUCGAUGGUCCCAAGCUCACCUUGAAACCGGUCAAUCAGUUAUACGACAAUUUCUCCAAAAACCAUACAUCCCCCAAUUACAAUCAAAAUUCCCCUAGUUUUAAUCCGAAUCCUGCCAAUUUUGACAUAAAUAAUCCUGAUCUUAGCCGAUAUUAUGGAAAUCACGAACUUACCAAUGGACUGACAGUGGAUAAAGAAAUAGUUCGCAAUAAUCAAUAUCCCAAUUUCUCACCUCAUGUAUUGCCAAAAGAAUUGGAGUUUCGUAAUGGAAGUAUCUAUUCAAGAACUUUAAUUCUAAAGGGCAACAGGUAUGGACCAUUCUAUGGCAAAUGGGAAGGAAUGCCCCAGGACCGUAAAUAUGCAUGGCAGGUGCUGACUGGCGAAACUCGAGGGUGGUUAGAUGGUUCCCAGUAUGUGAACAACUGGCUAAAGUUCAUAAGAAGUAUUAAUAACAAAGAGCAUUCUAACGUUAGACAUUUUCUGCAAUGUGGACAGUUAUGGUACGAAACAUCGGAAAAUAUUCCACCUGGGACAGAGUUGACGUUGGGGCCGAAGGAGCCCUUAUAUCUGCAGGAUCUGUUUGGUGACAAUAAUACGGACGAUCUAACUAAUACCGAAACAGAUUCUCAACUCAGUACAACUGAAGUUGAUCAUGACGACGACAGUGAAAACGACGACGAACCGCGAUGCCCCCUAUGUGAUCAGCCGUUUGUAGACGUAGAUAAAUUGGAUGAGCACCUAAUACUGAAACACAGUUAUCAGAAAGACGAGCUUCGCUGCGACAUUUGCCCGAAAGCGUACUCCCAUCGACCUUGCCUCAUUCGACACAGAGCCGUGGUGCACGGUGAGACGAGGAAGUAUCAUUGCGAAAAUUGUCCAAAGUUGCAGGUCUUCAGCGAUCCGAGUAACCUACAGAGACAUAUAAGAACCCACCAUGCGGGUGCUAGGUCUCACGCUUGUCCUGAAUGUGGAAAAACCUUUGCCACAUCAUCUGGCUUGAAGCAACACACGCAUAUUCAUUCCUCGGUAAAACCUUUCCAAUGCGAAGUCUGUUGUAAGGUAAGAAUAGCCUACACUCAGUUCUCUAAUUUGUGCCGCCAUAAACGUAUGCAUGCAGACUGCCGAAUGCAGAUAAAAUGUGUGAAAUGUGGACAGUCCUUCACCACAUCAACGUCUUUGUCAAAACAUACUCGCUUCUGUGGUACUACUAAUACGACACAAUUAACUAAUCCGACUUGUACUCCACCGGCAUUGUCCUUAAAUCCCAUGGCUGGAAACAAUCCGUUUUCUAUGUACCGCCCCCCUGCCGCUAGUCAGUUUCCUUUAUUUUCAAACCAUUUUCCUCCCUAUCCUCCUAUAUUUCCACAUACUGGGCCUCCUGCAUCUUAUAUGUAUCCCUGGUAUUUUGAUCAACUUCGAAGGAGAAAACAGGAAGGUCUGAUUCCUUCGCAAAAGAAAAUGCGAAUUACCGGUCCAGACGCAAUUUCUCCCUUGAAGGAACGUUUCACUCCUCCUAGAGUUGCUUCAGUAUCAGCAAAAGUUAGUCCGCCAACCGCUGAAGAAGCGUCAUCGAAUAUGGCCCCUUCUCCCGCAAGGCCUGCACCAACAGGUGCUGUCUUCAGCAAUCCUCGAAGCCAGUUGAAAAGAAAAACGACUGAAUCCGACACUCCCAGCGAUAUGCCCAAGGAUUUGUCGACUACCAGAAGUCCUUCAAUCGAGACAGUUAGAAGCCCUUCAAAAUCAAAUUGUGAUGAGAAUGUACUUGAACAGCCCUUAGAUUUAAGUGUUUCAAACAAAAAGAACGCAAUGGAGAUUCCAGAGGUCGAAAACGACUCAAAACAUAUAGCAGAUGAUAUGGAAUCCUUUCCUAGAAGUAGUUCCGAAGAUGAGAAGAUGGAUACAAAGGAAUACGUUUCGCCUGAAGCCCCCCAAAAAUUCCAAGAAGAUAGAGCAGGUCCCCAUAUGGCGUAUCCGAAACCCAUUCAUCCAAUGCUUUUAGAGAUGCCUAGACCUAAUUUUCCUUCCUUAUCUCUUCUGCCCAACAACGACCGUCUUCUUCCGCCGCCUAUUUACCCUCCACGAUUUACAGUUAUGCAUAAUCUUCAAAACUGCCGCCAUUUUGAUAUGGUUCGUCUUGGUCUGCAAAAUUAUGCAGAGAUAAAGCCGUACGUGGAGGUUCUGAAGCAACAAGCGCAGGGUCCAAAAACUAAAGAUCGCUAUGCUUGCAAAUUCUGCGGAAAAGUGUUUCCUCGAUCUGCGAAUCUCACAAGGCAUCUACGAACGCACACGGGCGAACAACCGUACAAAUGUAGAUAUUGUGAGAGAUCCUUUAGUAUUUCGUCAAACCUUCAACGCCAUGUCCGGAAUAUCCAUAAUAAAGAAAAACCGUUUAAGUGUCCCCUUUGUGAUCGUUGUUUUGGCCAACAAACUAAUUUAGAUAGACAUUUGAAGAAGCACGAAGCUGACGAUGGCAGUGGAGGUGUUGCAGUAGCUGAUUCCCCAGGAAGUAGUAACGAAACGGAAAAAGAGGAUACUUAUUUUGAUGAAAUAAGGAACUUUAUGGGAAAAGUAACCUAUUCCGGUUCCAACUAUAACGACAAUGAGUUGUUUGUUUCUCCUUACGAGAAAAUAGCAGAUGAUCCAUUUAGCAGGAAAGCAGAAGACGAUACGAAAUCAUACCCCAUGAUGGAAUAUACUGAAGGAAAAGGUGACUAUACGAAGACGACUUUAGAUGUUCCACUAUUAGACGGGAAGAUUAAGCAAGAGAAAGAGGAGAUAUUCAAUAAUAACGACCAUCCUUUAGAAGUGUCCACUUAGUGUUAUUUUUCCCAUGAGAGGAAAUAAUGAAGAAGGUUUUGUAUGACAUUUGUUCAAUUGUAUUUGAAAAGGUGUAGGAUAAACUCUCAACAUACAACUUUUUCACAGUUAUAAAGCAAUUGUAACUAAGCCUAAUUUGUAAUUUAAUUGAUUAUUGAAGUUUACAGCUCUCAAGUCCUAAUUUUAAAAUUGACAGCUCCAUAAUUUUUUUUAACACUUAAAACUAUGUGUAUGGUAUUCUUAUGUUAUAUUUCGUAGAUCCAGUGAAAUUUAGUUAGAAAUUUUGAUUUCAUUUUUGAAUUAAGUUCUUCAAGAAAGAGUUAAACAAUUUAUAACAAUUAAAGAGAAUUUUUUUAAUAUAAAAUACACAUUUUUUACGUAUGUAAUUCUAACUGCAGACUCAUAAGAAAUCCGUUUUUACACGACCAAGGAAAAAUUUUUAGUUAAAAUUUUGCACAAGCUUUAAAUAUCUUGAGAAUACCAACAAAACAAUAAGCUUUCUCUUUUUAAUCAGUGAGCGACCAUUAUUUUAAAAGUUCCUACACUAUUUAAAUUAUAAGUGCACAUUUGUAAGAUAAUGUCACCAAGUAAUACACUUUUUGAUACUCACCUUAAUGAUAAUAAAACAACAAGGAAUUUAAAAGUAUGAAUGUGUUUUCCAUUGUAAAUAAACUUUAUGUACAUACAAGUUUUUGAAAUGUAAAUACGAAAAUUACUAUCUUAAUUUGCCAUACUAGAUUUAAGCAGCCGCAACAUUAUGAAUGCUUGAUCGUCGAAUCUUUAAAACAAUUGCACCGAAGCAACAAUGCAGUUUCAAAUUUUUUUACAAAACAAAAUUUCCGUUAGUUUUUUAUAUAGGUACACGGUGUCCCAAAGGUGUUUUGGGGCAAGAACAACGUUUAAUUUAAGUAUUUCAUUAUUCUUAUUUUCUAUUAGAUAACGACUUAUUAUAUUGUUACUUAAAAUUUAAAUUGAAAGGAAAAUAAAAAUAAUUUUUUGUGUAAAGAAAUUUGAAAUUUCAUACACAUAUCGAAACCAUGUUUUGAACGUUAUGUAUCACGUAUUAAGGUACAAAUUUUGUUGUUAUGCUGUACAAAGUUUCUUUCGAGUGCUUGUGCAGGUUAAAAAAAAACAAGUACUAGAAUAGUUUUAUCUUGUAAUGCAAUGUACUUCAAACUUUAACUAUGUAUUACAGAUCCUUUUGACUGAUAAUGCACCCUGUACUGUAAA